CUCGUUUAGCUGCAUCAGCAAUCACAAAGAGUUGUGGUUGCUCAGCCCGCGGCAUAUGCCUUUCAGGUUUUCAUGGAACAGAGUUUUCGAUACCUAUCCGUGAUUGGCCCGGAGCAUGUAAUUUUAUCAUAUUUCAAUUUUGAGCUAUAUAGUGGCGAUUUUUAAUAUGCCAGUUCUUGUCAUUGUUAUCUGGCUAUGCAAUGCGGAAAUGCAUACCGCCAUGUAUAGAAAAUUCCAAACGACGUCAUUUCUUUGAGUUUAUCAGUGGACUAAUAAUCCUCUACAUUGGCUAUGGAUCUCUUGUUAUUCAUAUGUUUGCUCAAGCUCUUCCAGCAUAUCUCAUGAUGGUCUUUCUCCCACUAUCUAUCGCUCAGUAUGGUAUUCUUAUUUUUUCAAUGAUGUAUCUAUCCGGAGUACAUAUUCAUAAAUUUGUUCGCAAUCCUUCUAUUGACAUUACUGCUCCAUUGAUGGUGCAGACGCAAAAGUUGUCUUCCUUAGCCUUCAAUAUAAAUGAUGGUGUAAAGUUGGCAAAGGAAGGAGUUGUUGACCGUGAUUAUCACAGACUUAAUGCUGUAGAGCGCCGACCUCGCCUUCUGCAACUAGGUGGAUACUUAUUUUCAUUUCAUAACGUAAUGAUUGGUCCUUUCAACUUCUUUGCUGAUUAUCUAAGAUUUAUCCAAGGUCAAGAGUCAGAACGUUUGAUGGACGAAAGUGAUAAAAAGCUCUUUGAGGAAAAUAAAGAAGAGAUACGCCUUGCCAAAGCUGAAAAAUGGAAACAGGUAAAACUUCUCUUGCUCCAUACCAUAUUGACGAUAUGGGCAUUGUCAAGCUUUAAACCAGAAUACUUUUUGUCUGAUGAUUUUGCUAAAAAAAAUUAUCUUCAAAAGUAUAUCUACUUAUCAAUUGCGUGUUUUGGUUUUCGUCAAAGAUUCUAUUUCGCUUGGACUGUCAGUUGUUUGUCAAAUUUAAUCGCUGGUUUCGGAUUCUCUGGAUUCGAUAGUAAAGGUCAACCUGAAUAUCGUUUUGCUACUAAUAUCUACUUUUUACCUAUUGAACUCGGUACUAGUACAAAAACAAUUUUAGAUUCAUGGAAUACAGCUACAACACGUUGGUUACGUGAAUGCAUUUACGAUCGUGUACCAAAACGUUAUGCUGUUUGGGUAGUUUUUGUUGUAUCAGCUAUGUGGCACGGUUUUUAUCCAGGUUAUUACUUGGCUUUUGUGUCGGCAGCAUUAAUUACAGUAGCUGGAAGAGUUGGUCGUAAACAUCUCAGACCUUAUUUUCUUCAUUCAUCUGGAUUGCACUGCUUCUAUGAUGUCCUUACUAAUUUGAGUGCAAUGCUGUGCUUAAAUUACUUGGGUGUUCCAUUUCUUCUAUUGACUACUGAUAAAGUUUUACAUUUCUGGAGACAAAUGCGUUUCAUUGGACAUAUUGGUCCAUUAGCCCUGAUAAUUGGCCUUCCAUUAAUAUGUGGUAAACCUGGACAGUUAUAGAUGCCUACCCAAUGUUUAUAAAUCCGCGUUCACAUUUCACCAUAACAACAACAACAACAACCCGUCCCCCUCCCUCCCCCGUCAUACUAACAUGAAUGUGUAGAAAAUGAAGUUUAAAAAAGAGAAACUUAUUCAUUGUGUUAGUUAGUUAGUUGGUUCAUUCAUUCAUAUGAUGUAAUAAUUACUACUCUUUUGUGUUUAUGAUAUUGGAAAAGAGGAGAGCUAGAGAGUAAGUCACUGGGGUGGUGAAAUAAAUAAAGCAAGGAGAAAGCAAAUUUUUGCAUUUCUAGCAUUCAUAUGUUCACCACAGUUGACUUCAUUACUUCGUUUUCUACGCCUUCCUAUUACAUCCUUCUACGAAUUCAUCAUCUCUACUACUACUACCACUACUACUACUACUAUUGUUAUUGUCAUUAACGUAUACAAACUGAGUGAGUACACAACACAUUUAUAACAUCAUUGUUCUUUUGGCCUUUUGUGUUGAUACCAGCUGUUUAUUGUACUUCUCUUUUUUUCCUUUCUCUCUCUCUCUCUCUCUGCCUCUUUCUUAUCAUUAAUAAAGUUGCAUAAUGCCUGUUUUUAUAGUGUCUUUUUGUUGCUUAAACGUAAUGGCAAUAAGUGAAUAUAUAUACACUGUAAUAUUAUUAUUCAUUGUCACUUUAUUCUAUACCAGAGUGUGUGUGUGUGUGUGCAUGUAUGUUCGUGUGUAGAUUAACCAUUUUAAAACAAACACUUGUGAAUAAUGUACACUCCGUUUAUUAAUAUCACUACACUUCAUUAAUUACAAAGAUGAAUAAAUAUUUACUUACCUAUGAGGUGAGGUGAGGGUGGAUGGUAUGUACGUAUUAUGUAUCAAUGUGUUUAUUUCUAUUAGUAUUACCAAUUUGCUUUCAAUGGUAUAUUACUCUUCUGAUUUCAUUCCUUUUGUCGUUUUAUUUUGCCUUUGAGAAAUGAAAAACAGAAAAAUUGAAAAUAAUAAUAACAGUAAUAUUAUGUAUUUGUGUAUGUAUAUUUUCAAGCCUUAGUUUCAUUUUUAAGGAUUUGAUUAGUUGGCACUAAAAAUUCCAAAAUGACUGGAGGAGGUUAAAACUCCAAUAGCCAUUGAAUUCUGUCUGUCUGUCUGGAUUCAACAUAGAACUUGCCACCAAAGUGCACCAUUUCGAGUUGCCACGUUCCAAAUAGCACACAAAGGUAGACAAGAAGAUGAGUGGAGAGAAUCAAUAGUGUUUGACAGGUAGAAGAGCGAAACAGAAUGGGUAAUGGUAGAAAGAAAUAUGAAAGAUUACAGAGACUGAAUACAUCUGUGCCAUUGACAAAGAUUUUGAGCCAUGUCACCUAUUGUCUCCAACCAUUGAUUCCUAGAGUCCCGAGGGCCCCAACCCGGAAGUCUGCAUCUCCCUCCCUACCUAACUCAGUUCAACUGUCAAGGAUUUCAUGGAUUGAUGAGGCCAUGUUUUUGUUUGGCCACCACUGGCUCUUUUCCAACCUGCACCUAUAUCAGCUAGUAAUGCCCGUCAGGGGAGGCGAUGGUUAGGGAUGCGCACCACGUGACCUAGCCAUCUCA